UCUCUUCUUUUGCCACACAGCUUGAAAAUGGAAUAAUGAAAACUCAAGGAAAAGAAAAAAAAACUAAACUAAAAUAGAUCAACUUUUUCCUUCUUUUCUUCUUCUUCUUCUUGGUUUUGGUCUGACUGGCUCUGGCAUGGCUCAUCUCCUUCUCCUCUCCUCUCCCUUAUCCAUCAGUUUGUGUUUCUUUGCUUGGUUGCAAGGUUUCUUGGUCGUUCAUGGCAAUACUAAUCUCACUCACUCUUCUUUGACGCCCAUUAAUCGUGAUCUCUAUCAUUCCAGUGGGGAUUUGAUGGAAGAAAUAAAAGCUUUGGUCUUUCGUCACCCAGACCUGCUCACUUUCGAUACAAUUAAAUCUCGAAACAAGGGCUACUCUGCUGAGAUCGCAGUAGUUACCUAUUGCCGGAGAAGGCAAGAGACUGAUGACAGGCCAAAGUUUCGGAUACUUCUUAGUUUUGGACAGCAUGGAAGGGAGCUCAUUACAUCUGAACUUGCUUUGCGAAUCCUUUCAAUAUUGAGUAAAGAACAGUUUCUACCCAACCUGGACCCAGCCACCUUAGACCAUACCCUUGACAAACUCUUGAUAAAGAUGGUUCCUAUGGAAAACAUAAAUGGCCGCAGAAUUGUUGAAGCAGGAGACCUCUGUGAGAGGAGAAAUGGGAGAGGAGUUGAUCUCAACCGUAAUUGGAGCGUAGAUUGGGGCAAAAAGGAGAAGGAUUAUGAUCCAUAUGAGGAAAAUCCUGGAACUGCUCCUUUCAGCGAACCUGAAACUCAGAUAAUGCGGAAAGUUGCCGUGUCAUUUGAUCCACACAUAUGGGUUAAUAUACACUCUGGAAUGGAGGCUCUAUUUAUGCCAUAUGACCAUAAGAACACAACCCCUGAUGGAGUUUCCUCGCACCAGAUGAAGUCAUUGCUUGAGGAACUCAACCAUCUGCAUUGCCAAAGGCGUUGCAUGAUUGGGUCUGGUGGAGGUUCUGUUGGGUAUCUGGCACACGGGACAGCAACUGAUUAUAUGUUUGAUAUUGUAAGGGUGCCAAUGGCUUUCACCUUUGAGAUAUAUGGAGAUGGAGCAGCCUCAUCAAGAGAUUGCUUCAAAAUGUUCAAUCCCACUGACUUUGGUACCUUCAAUAGAGUUCUCAAUGAAUGGUCUGCGGCAUUUUUCACAAUUUUUAAAUUGGGGCCAAACCAUCUUGGUGAAAAUUAUUCCAAGGCUUCUGUGCCCACCUUAGACAAGUGGGUAUCCAUAGAUGAGUAUCUUGACGGGUACUUAGUUGAGAGGAGUAGCAGAUAUGGAAAGAAGAUGGAGGUGCUUGAAUUAGGAAUGCAGGAGAUAAGAACAUAUUUCAGGCUCUUCUUGUUAUCUUCCGUCCUGUUAUUGUUCAUGUUCUGUUCCAGAAUUUCAAAAGGCAAGUGUGCUAGACCAAUUGUUUCUGCUAUUGCACUCUGAUAUUGAGAAACAACCCGGCGUCAGCAGCUUCCUGCCGCACUGGACUGAUCAGAUGUGGUUCCGCACAUUCCACCACUUCUCCAUUUGUUUCCAAUAGUUUUAGUGAAACACCAUGAGCAGCAAGAAGUUGAGGUCCGUAAUUUGAAGUGAAUUUUGAUUUACCCAUUCCUAGUCGUCAUGGGAAGAACAGGAAAAAUAAGAAUAUAUAUGCCAAAUUUUUGAGAUAGGAUCUCCUCAAAUUUUUAUAUGUACAAGUACACACAAUACGAACAAUUUUUUUAACUCAUAGUGUAAUUGUUUACUCUGUAAAACUAGUCAUAUUCUUUUCAAGUGAAGCAUCAAUGUAUUUGCUUA